UACCGAGUCGCCCCGCCUGUAGCCGCUGCUGUUCAGAGAGAGAGAGAGAGGUCGAGCUGCACUGGGUUUUAGUUGAAGUGAGAGAAUUCUGUCUGUUUUUAACUCGAAAGCAGAAAUAAAACGAUUUACACUUGAAUUUGGAGUUAAAUCGGAGUAAAGGUGAAUCAGAUUGGGAUUCGGUUCGUUGAACUUGUUUAUACGCAGCUCGGUUCGCCUCUGGCCUGGAAGUUCCGGAUCUUUUAGGUGUAUUUGGAUGAUUGAGGGAUGAUGGAGGACAGAACGUUAUUACAGAACUUACGCCGCACCCCCAAACCCAGCACACCUGUACUGAUAAUCAGUAAGCUGCUUGCGAUCGCGUUACCCAUAACCCAGCUGAUCAUCGGUGGGCUGUACCUCCACGACUGCCCCGCCCAGCCCUACAUCUCCAUCUACCUGCUGGUGUCGGGGGGGUUUGCGGUGGUCCUGGGGGUCCUGUCCUGUCUGCCCUGUACUCAGGAGCAGGAAGACGGGACUCAGACCCCCUUCAGCUCCCUCUGCACCGCCUGGAACUCCCUCGUCACCCUCUUCCUCUUCUGCUGGUUCAUCGCAGGAAACGUGUGGAUCUAUAGUAUCUACCAGCCCAGUUAUGAUCCGGGUUCUGGGAAGCUGUACUGCGCUAAGGUUCUGUACCUGUUUGCGUUCUGGAGCACGACGCUGGUCUACAUCCUGCUGGGGCUGCUGAUGCUGGGUGGUUGCUGUGCUCUGUUCUGUAUGUGUGUUUUUGGACGCAGCGGCCUGAGCGACUCGGACCGGGUCUAACGGAACCGCCCCGCCCAGGUUUACCCCUGCGGCCGUUCAGCCCGGCCUCGUCCCAAACGUCCUGCUGAGACACAUCGCCUCCUACUGUUACACCCCCACCUUUAUGAUUUACACUUAUAUAAUCUAUAUAUAAUGUUAAACCUGCUGUGUAUGAAUAUGUAUAUUCGGUUUAUAAACUUCAAACAAUAAUAAACACUUCUGUCCACAAUAAACAACUUUAUUUAUUUA